CAUUCCAAUUCAUCGUAACGGUUACUCUAUUCUAUGUUUAAACUAUUCAACAUAGUUGCUUUAGUUUGAAAUCUUCAAUCUCCUAAAUUCUUUUUCAUUAUCCUAACAUAAGAUCAAAUCAUAUGUUUUAUUCAGUUACUAAUCACAGUUUUUUUUUAAUGAGCCCUUCUUUGUCACUUCAUUUGUUUAUUUCUAUUCUUUCAUAUUUUGUCUCUAAGAACACAGAAACCAAAUACAGAAUAUGACACAGAAAUCAAAUGAACAAAUGGGAUUCUGUAUUUGAUUUAUGAGUUUCUAGCAUCAUUUUGUCAUUUUGCUUUAAUUCUACUAUUAAAUUUGUGUCUUUUAGCUUUCUAUGUUCUCUUUCUGCUUUUCUUGCUGCAAGUAUUUAAAUUAACUAAUCCAAUGUAACAGUUAUGAGGAGUGAAAGUCCCACCACCAUGGGACUCACUUGUAGAGAUUGCUCUUCCAAUUCUGUAAUUUUGAGAUCUUCUUCAUCCACCAAGAACAACAAAAAGAGUAGUUCUAAUCAAAGAGAAGACAGGCUUUGUGCUCGAAAUCCAUCCAUUAGAUUACAAAUCCACGAGUUGAAUCCUUUAUGUAAAUCGAGAAAGAAGGCUGAAGAAGACGAUGAAGAUGGUGAUUUUGAUAAGCGGUUUGGAGAGGAAGGAUCAUUCGAUGAUGAUAAGUACAUGUGGUUAUCUUCAGGUACUAUGUCUCCAUCUUGUUUUGAUGAUCAAAGGUUUUCUGUUUUGUUGGACCUUUCACUUGAUGAUCAAUGGCUGGUAGUGCCACUGCCAAAUUCUAGUCCUUUUUUGGGUAAAAAUAUCAUUUUGUUUGAUGGGUCUAAGGUAAAUCCUAUAGAGGAAGCAUCUUUGGUUCUUGAAAGAACAUCAUUAGAUGCAGAAAAAAUAUUUCAAGAAGAUUUAAAAGAAGAUGAAGAAGAAGAGAUAGUUAGUUGGCUAUCGAGCUCAAUUUCAAAUGAUCCAACAGAUUGGGAGAGAAAUGGAUUUUGGGUAUCUUAUUAUGCAAAGUGGAUUUCAGAUGCAGAGUCGGAGUUUGAUUAUUUGGGUUCUGAAGUUUUAUCAUCAAAUUCUAGUGGUGUUUCUUCGUUCCCCGAAAUACUAAUACAAGAAAAAUCACAAUCCUUUCCUUUUGACUAUGUUUCAGAAGAUGUUGAUUUGGCCACUGGAGCUGCUGAUGAACCACUUUUUUGGCCAUCUGAUAGGAAAUUUGAUUGGGGUUCGGAGCUAAAAUGGGAUUUCUUUAUCAUGUCACCGCGUAAACACAAACAUAAAGACAAAACUCUCGAGGGAAAAUUAACUUUUGUUAGGAGGAUGCAAACACAGCCUUCAAGGAUGGGUGAAUCGCGCAAUUUUUUUGCAAAAAUAGUACCUCUUGAUGUGGUAGAACCAACCAGUGAUGAUGUUCUUAAUGAGAAAUCAAAUCUUGUCGACGAAGAUUUUGAAUCAAAUGAAGAAGUUGCAAUAGAGACAUUGUUGGGGCUUGAUGAAUUUGAUGGGCAUGAGGGGACUGAGUCAGAAUUCAACAAAGAUGAUUUCUGUUUGGAUGAGUCUGUAUGAGAGAGCAUAUUAGUGUUCAAUUUUGAUAGAGAUGUUUUGUAAGGACAUAACUGUAUUUUUUUUUGUACUUGUAAAUUUUAUUGGUGGAUAGAGUUGAAGUUGAAGACUUGUUUUUUGGCAAUGGAGUUGUAUUUUUGUGUUUCCAAUGUCCCAUAUACGGUUGAAUACUUCGAUAUGCAUACA